AUGUUUUCCGCCACUGAUAAUCCAAUCGACCAGGAAAAGGUUGUGGUCGUGGAUAUAGAACCAGAAGUCGACAGUGAACCACUCAUUUUCGCCAUAGCCUUUUUGUUGAAAUGCAUCGGCUACAUCGUUAGUUUACUGGAACUUCUCGGUCGCCUCUGGAUGGACUAUUACCCUCCAAUAUUUGGGGAAAUCAUGCUCCCGUCACCACUUAAGUUUAUCAUCAUCGGUUUAGCUACUUUCACUGAAAUUAAGUCGCAAGGCUCUGAAUUUCCUUUCAAAACGCACCCUCAAUCCAUGAAUAUCGCCAUUACCAGCCUACUCUUUUAUGGUUUGGCGUCUGCAGCCCAACAUAUAAUUUCUGCCACACGUUUCGGUCCUGCUUCCGUCUAUGCCAUUGCUGCUCACUCGGGAAGGAUUGGUUCUUUGUGCAUUUUGUCUAAAAGCAUUGAGCAGCAUGGGUAUGAAAAUUGA